AUGACCAGGGAGGAUAUCAUUGUAGGAAGUAUCGUGAAUCUCCCCUUCUGUCAGCUGAUCGAUCCCUCUUCCCUGGUCUUCAAGCGCAGCCGUCCCUUGCACGCGGAUGCCUUUGGCCACCCGAUGGUUGUAGCGGAAAUUCGCGGCGACAACGUCCUUGCUUUCCCGAUCACAAGUUUCCGCGGGACGGCCAUUCUGGAGAAAUUCCCAAAGGACCAGGCCAGACGGUUGCAGUACCUGGCGAUUGAGCAUACCCGGACCCAGGCUUCCCACGAUGGCACACCUGUCCUGGCCUUCACGGACAAGAGGAGUAAGAUGCUCAAGCUCAGCUAUGUAAAUACCAUUGAAGCUAUUGAGAUCGAGAUUGGUAACCUCGAUUUCUUUACUAACAUGCGUCAUGGCGGCGAGCACCGUCUUACUCGGGAGGCAGUAAGAAUCAUCCAGAGCUGGACCAGUUCCGGGCGCACCGUUGGACCGCAAGGACGCUGGACUCCGACGCCGCCGGCCCCACUGGUGAGGACUCAGAUAAGUCAAGCGGCAUCCGGACUUGACAGGCGCGAGACGGAGAGGACUCCUCUUGCCGGCAAUUCACAAGGUAAGUAUGUCGCUCCUUACCAGCGGGCAGCUCGGCGUGUCUCUGGGACGGUCUCCUGCCGGGCAUAG